UGUUGAUACAACUUUUAAGCCAGGACUGGAUACUUGAUCAAACUCUCCUGGCUUUGUACUGUUACUAAUAAUAAUACAAAUAUGGACUUUUCCCGGGAACAACUUCCAUCGUUAAAUGAGCUAAAGGACCAAAUGUGUUCUUUGGCAGAUGAAAAUGUCCAGCUCCGUGACAAAAAUGAACUCCUCUUUACCAAACUGGGUUACCUUGAGAACAAGUUGGGCCAGCUGGCAGGCUCGAAGACUGACCUAUCCUCGAAACUGGUCUCGUGUGAAGAGGAAAAACUGAAGAUAUCCAAGGAGCUUGUUGAGGAACAGAUACAAAACAACAAAGUAAGGGAGCAAUUUGAAGAGGAAUCUUUUGGGCUGAAAAACAAGAUCCUGUCCCAGGAAGGCAUGUUGAUGGAGAUGGAGAUAGAGCGAGACCGGCUCCACCGGGAAAUCCAGUCCAUCACUGCACGUCUGCAUGUGGCCGAGAGGACAGAAAGUGACCUCACGGAGGAGUAUAUGACCCUGAAGAGGAACUACCUUGCCCUCACCAAGGCCUACAAGAGGGAGGUAGACCACAAUGACAAGCUAAGCAGCGAACUGCUUGGCCUGGCCCAGGCUCGCGACGCCCUCCUCAGGCAGACGGAGGAACAGCAGCGAUGCGUGAUAGCCUCUACAGAGGAAGUCCACGGGCAGACUGCUCAGGAGAUGGACAGGGUGCGGCUGUUGGUCAGCCGGAUGUCUCACAAUAGAAUUCGGCCCGAGGGACUUUCUGUGAUUGACCAAGAAUGCACAUUUGUGGAGAAAAGUCUGCCAGGAAACCAGGACGCAAUCAAAGACAUGCUGGAACAGAUGAGGAAGAGCUACGAUGAGCAGCAGUGCAGAUUGGAGGAGAAAGUGGUAGCCAUGGGCAAAGAGCAACAGGAGAACAAGAGGGUGAUCCGCGACACCCAGCAGAAACUGGCCGAGCGGAAUGCCGUCCUGCUGAGCUCUCAGAGCCAGCUGAAUGAGGCAGAGGAGGAGAACUCCAGGCUGCAGAUGCGGGUGAAGGAGCUGAACGAGGAGUACCGUGCCAGACUGGUCCACUACCUGCAGGACCUCUCUGAGCAUAUGGAUCAUCUGGAGAAGGGGGGGGGGGGCCCCCCGGAGAAGGCCAAGCUGAGGGGCUUCGUGGACAGCAUGCUGCAGGAGGUGCGAGCCUCCUACAGGGCCAGGGAGGAGCAGCUCGCCACAGCCGCCCGCUCCUACAAGAAGAGACUGCAGAGGAUCAUUAGGAGUCAUCAAGCCCUGCUUAUUGCAUACAGGGUGCAGAGGGAACAGGUCCUGUCCCAGCCAGAGAGCGGUCUGGAGGCCGGCCCCCCCGAGGCCCACUUCAGCCUUGAGCCCAGUGAGCUGCGGGGGGAGAUGGACAGAGAGAUCCAGCUCCUGCGACAGGACAAGGCCAGACUGGAGGGCCAGCUCAGAGAGGCCCAGGAUCUGUCUGCUGUUUUUGCCAGACAUAUUCAGUCUGUCAACGUUCAGGAGUCUGGAACAUCAGGCCAGAUAUCUGAAGAGGCCUGGGCUGACAUUCCGAAACAACUACGUGAGAUCACUAAUACUAUACAAGAGGGCCUAGUGGGAGAGCGUGCCCAGCUCAUCUCCAGGGCUACAGUUGCAGAGCAGCAGGUGUUAGAGCUGCAGGAGAAUGUUGACAAGCACCUGGGCAGGUAUAAGAAGGAGAUCACACGGCUGCGUAGACUACUGGGCUUGGAAACAGGACCCGCCCACAGCACUGGGGCGCCUAAACCCUGACUAUUUGGUCACUCCAUCAGGAAUCCAAGCUAUGAUAUAUGACCCCGCCCCCGAACCACCCCCCAAAAAAAGAUAACCGAUAACCUUUUCUAAUGUUUAUAAUCAUAGCUCAUAUUUAUACAG